AUGCCUGCUACCUGAUGCUCCGUAUCUCAUCUGGAACUUCAAACUUUUAGUUCAUUUCUUUUGUCUUGCUCUCCCACACCCGACGGCGAGAAGCUCUCUGCCUUCUUCAUCUGCGCACCGAACCAAGCUCAGGCUGUGCCGUCUUCCUCCUCCUCCCCCCUUAUUUCUCUCUUCCUUGCUUUGCCAUGAGAUGAGCAUGUCCGCUCAUGGGUCAGCAGCUCCUUCCUACUUGGAGCUUCUCACGUCCUUCGGUGUGACGUGUGCUUCCUGGAUGCGUGUCCCAGUCAUGGUCUCGUCAGGCUUUGCCGUCAUAUUGAGCUCUGCUCUCUAUUUCAAACAAAAAGCUCUCAUCUACCCAUCGCAUGUUCCUGGCGAUGCUCGUACCAAGGUCCCCAAGCCGAGCCACUACGGCAUCGACAACUAUGAAGACCUUCAGAUCCCCACACCCGACGGCGAGAAGCUCUCUGCCUUCUUCAUCCGCGCACCGAACCAAGCUCAGGCUGUGCCGACAACGGUGCUGAUGUUCCAUGGCAAUGCCGGCAACAUUGGACACCGUGUCCCCAUUGCGCAGAUGAUAGCGGAGCUGAUGGGCUGCAGCGUGUUCAUGCUGGAGUACCGUGGCUAUGGUCUGAGCACAGGUAGUCCCGACGAGAGGGGACUGAUGAUAGAUGCACAGACCGCACUGGACUAUUUGACGAACAGGCACGAGACCAAGAACAACAAGAUUGUAGUCUAUGGGCAGAGCCUGGGAGGUGCAGUCAGCAUUCAACUGGUAGCGAAAAACCAGAAGAGCGGGAAGAUCUCGGGAUUAAUACUUGAGAACACCUUUCUGUCGAUGAGGAAACUUAUCCCUUCUGUUAUUCCACCAGCGCGCUAUCUCGCCCUCCUCUGCCACCAGAUCUGGCCCUCCGAAACCAUAAUUCCCACCAUAACCGAGGUUCCGGUACUCUUCAUCUCUGGUCUCAAGGACGAGAUGGUCCCUCCUGAACAUAUGCGCAAGCUCUACGAACUCUGCCAAUCCCCAACAAAGAUCUGGAAGCCCAUUGAAGAAGGCGACCACAACUCUUCCGUCAUGGAGCCAGGUUACUUCCAUGCCAUCCAGACUUUCAUGGAGAGUCUUGAGGGCCAUGGUGACUUCAGCCAGAUGGAGAAAGAUCGCAAGAGCGUACAAGUCGAGCGAAAGGUUUGACGUGGGACUUUUUUUGACAUACAUGCGAGCGGGCACGGUUUAUAGGCUGGCGUUUAACUGGAACAAAGCUGUCACAAGCUGGCGGCGUUUGGGGGAUGGGCCUUGGUAUUUUACUCUACGGAGAGGGAUGGCCCUGGGGAGCUUAAAUUAAGAGCUAUAUCUGUCAUGUCCCUCGGAUAUAUCAAUUAU